ACUAUUGCGCCAUUCCAUACAAAUAAUUUGUACUUUUCGCAAACUAGGAAGAAAAUCAAGAAAAAAUGAGCUUUCUUGCUAAUAAAAGUGACUCGGAGAGCGAGGACAAUGAGUCCUUCCACUCCUUUAACCAAACCGAUUCGUCCUUCGACAACCUGAGCGCCUCAUUCUCGGGGAGCGACAGCGACAGCGCCGCGGACUUUGACUCGGGAUCCGAGCAUGAGACUUCCAUGGAGAAUGUGGAGAAAACGGUCGAGGAGACCCAGGCCGCCUUUUCGGGCGUCACCUUGAAGCCAAAGUCCCCAGAAUCGGAGAUCCAUUCCAGUGACUCCUCCGCCUGUGAUGGCGUCUCCACAGGCAAAGCCACCCAGGUGAUGGGCCGCUUCAAGAGUCCCAAAAAGUUCACCAUCUCGCCGAUUAGUGAGCAAAAGCAGGAUCCCCUUCCCUGUUGCCCCAGGGAUGUGCCGCAACUUGCCUCAAAUCAGAUGCCCAGCCAGGAACUCUUCAACCUGGAUGAACCUGCACCGAUGCUGAAGGAGCACCUGACCACCAAUCGCCACACGGCGGCCAUUCAGAAGUACGCCUUCACCGAGAUUUGGUUGGGCUCACAGCAGCAUCCUAGCCAGCCAAAGAGUUCCCGCCUGCGGCAGUUUUCUGUGGCCCUGGAGGCCUACUUUGACACGGAAUCGUCUAAAAAGGAGGCUGAUGAUACCUUUGUUGCUGGCGAAGAGCCAACUAAAACCAAUGUGGCUCCUUCGAAAGAUAACAAGCCUGUGGAGGAACCCGUGAAGGAGCCCGUGAAGGAACCCGUGAAGGAGCCCGUGAAGGAGCCCGUAAAGGAACCCGCGAAGGAGCCCGUAAAGGAGUAUGUAUCCCCCUUGCCGAAUUUGUCAGGGCAACCAGCUCCAAAGGUGCCGCCUCUUUUGAAGGGCGCUAAGGCGCCGAUUAUUGUGCCAGCUGGCUUUGAUUUGACCCGAUUGGUGGAGUUGAAGAAUCCCAAUCACUGGCAUCGCCGUCCCCACAUGCGUACUGGCGAUCGCAUUUACUAAACUUUGCCCAACUAUUAUUAUUAUAUUAUCAGCAGCGUUACACAACUGUUGUUAUAUUACCAUGAUCAUCAGCAACGCUGGACGAUCUGACAUUUAUUCUGUUAGCAUUUAUUCUGUGUCUGCAAUAAAGGAUUGGGAACUACCAAAGCAA